CACUGCGUCCGGGUCAAUAACUGUUGCUGCUGUCUACAGCUGCAGCUGGGGCUGUGGGCUGGUGUCUCCACUGCCGACCGAGGGGAGCAGGCUCCGCUCGGCGCUGUCUUCUCCGACCUGGCCGUCAGCCCCACGUCGCCGGCCUGGAGGGGCGAAGAGGACGAGGGGGCCGAGGCUUCCUCCGGGGUUCAACUUUCUUUGUCCUUCCGAGACUGUAAUAUCCUAGCAGAUAGGACGACCAUAAAACAUGACCACAACGUUGUUUUGGAAAACCAGUUGAUGUGAAUAUGAAUGGCCAUUGGCUCUCUGGAUUAUCAGGAGUUUGUAGUUGACAUUGAAUCCAGCUUGAGGAUGGAAGGUGUGGAACUGAAAGAAGAAUGGCAAGAUGAAGAUUUUCCAAUACCUUUACCAGAAGAUGACAGUAUUGAAGCGGACAUCCUGGGUGUACCUGGCCCAGAGAACCAGCCCGACUCACCAGAAGUUAAUGGAAAUAAAGUGAGAAAGAAAUUAAUGGCUGCAGACCUUAGCCUGACACUGGAUCCUAGCGAUGGUUCUGUGUUGUCAGAUGACUUGGAUGAAAGUGGGGAGAUCGACUUAGAUGGCUUGGACACCCCAUCGGAGAACAGUAACGAGUUUGAGUGGGAAGAUGAUCUUCCAAAACCCAAAACUACUGAAAUCAUUAGGAAAGGCUCUAUUACUGAGUACACUGCAGCAGAGGAGCAAGAAGAUGGGCGACGCUGGCGCAUGUUCAGGAUUGGGGAACAAGACCACCGGGUUGAUAUGAAGGCAAUCGAACCCUAUAAAAAAGUCAUCAGCCACGGAGGAUAUUAUGGGGAUGGAUUAAAUGCCAUUGUUGUGUUCGCUGUCUGUUUUAUGCCUGAGAGUGGUCAGCCCAACUAUAGAUACCUGAUGGACAAUCUCUUUAAGUAUGUUAUUGGCACUUUGGAACUGUUAGUAGCAGAAAACUACAUGAUAGUUUAUUUAAAUGGUGCAACAACUCGAAGAAAAAUGCCCAGUCUGGGAUGGCUCAGGAAAUGCUAUCAGCAAAUUGAUAGAAGGUUACGGAAAAACCUGAAAUCUCUAAUCAUUGUACAUCCCUCUUGGUUUAUCAGAACACUUCUGGCUGUUACAAGACCAUUUAUUAGCUCAAAAUUCAGCCAAAAAAUUAGAUACGUCUUUAAUUUGGCAGAACUAGCAGAACUUGUUCCCAUGGAGUAUGUUGCCAUACCAGAAUGCAUCAAACAGUAUGAAGAAGAAAAGUUUAAAAAGAAACAAAAAAGAGUUGAUCAAGAGCUUAAUGGAAAACAAGAUGAACCAAAAAAUGAGCAGUAAGUUUGGCCUCAAGUUAAACAAGACUGAAGAAUGUGCUGAUGAAGCCGUCUUCUGUUUUACAUUCUCGAUGCAUUUCUUGGCUUGUAUUUUUCUGUGAUGUUACAAAAUCGAUUUGACUUUUUAAUGGACUUUUGUACAAGGGACUGUUCACUGCUGUUUUGGUUUUUUAAAUCUCUUGAAUUUAGCUCUUCAGUGGCUACUUACAUUGUACUCACUUUAUAUUUUCUAUUGCUAAAUAGCAGAGAACUACACUUUAUAUAAACAAUUUUUGCAUUUGUUUGUUGAGUAAUGCAUCUUCAGUAAAAUAUUUAUAUGCAUAAAUGGCAAAGGAAAGAAAUAAUAUAUAUUUUUAUGUUUUUGAACAAUAUUUUUUAAUGUAUACCUAUCUUGUGGAAGAAUAUUCAGGUAAAUAAGACCAUGAUUUUGUAAAGUGCAUGUUAGAAUUUUUUUUUUGUAAAUGGUGGAAUACAUUUCCUGGGUAACUUAAAAAAUUAAGUUGCUAUGCUCUAAGGCAAAAGACAGUUAAACUGAUCCUCAUGAAUACCCAAAGAUACUGUACAUAAUCUUAAAUAAGUUAGUACCAUCCCAAGCUCACUUGAUGUGUAUAGUUCUUUAACUCAAAAGUGCAAAUACAAGUGUAUACCACACUUUCUCCUUUUUUAAAACAAGUCAAAAAGCCAUUUUUCAGAACUAGAGAAUUCUAGAGGCUAGAAAUUAGGAUCUGUAUGUAUGUAUAUUUGGGACAUUUUAUCUUCUGGCCCAAAGUCAGAACUGUUAUAAAAAUCAUGGAUUUGUUCACUAAUGUGAAAUAAGCCGUGUAUCCAGGGUAUUGCCCCCCUGAAUGCUUGAGUACCAUGUAGUGCUGCAGAGAAUGUGAUGAGUUUUCACUGUCACUCUUCUGUAGAACACAGGGGCUGCUUUUAAAAUUAUUCUCACUGUGGGCACUUUACCAAAAUACUUCCAUGUCAGUUAUUUGAACUCAGUGGUAGUUUGGCCUAGUAAGAUAUUGUAUGUUUUCAAAUUUGUUGAAUAGUGUUUGGCAGUUCUGUAAAUUAGAUUAACUUUGUAGGUCUUUUGAGUUGUUUUGUUUUGAGUAUAUGAAGUGAUUUAUUGAUACUGGUUAAGAUCCAUUAUAUACAAGUAGAAACUGUAAAUUGUACAAAGAACUAUUACAAAUAUUGAUAAAGACAGUUCUAUAGACAAAACAACUAGAAAAGUUUUGACAGACAAAGUAGAACAAAAAUUGUUCUAUCAGAUUUCAAGCUUACUAAAGUUUUGCUAGGCAAACUUUAGAUUGAAAAUAUGUGGAAUGGGUUUAUAUAGUUUAAAACUUAGGUAUAAUGUAAAAAUGAUUUUCUCCUCUCAUGGCAAAUGGGAGAGGAACCAAGACAACUUUGUACCCCAAAUCUAUACAGUUUGAAAAAUAUAUGUCUAGGAACAAAGAAAAUUAAGAAUGUAAGGAAUGUGCUAUCGUUUGGAUCUGAAAUAUGCCCCCAAAGUCUCAUGUGUUUGGGAAGAGACUGUAUCAUGGGGUGGUGUACUCAUUGGAGGAUUGGUCUACAAUGGGUUCAUAGCUGACCUGCUGUUAGGAAGUGGGGUCUGGCUGGAGGAGAUGGUCACUGGGAACAUGACCUGGAAGGGCUUAUUUUUCUCCCUGGCUCUUCGCUCUCCAAUUCCAGGGCACCAUGAUUUAAUUGUCUUUCCUCUACUAUGCUCCAUUGUCAUGUCAUUUCUGCUUUUGAGCUGACCAUGAUCGCGGACUGUAAAAUAAGCCUCCCCUCCUUUAAGUUAUGGGUGUUGGGUAUCAUCCCAGCAACAAAGAAAGGGACUAAGAUGUCGUACUUUUCAUGAAAUGCAAACUGAGUCAGUUUUAAAACUUAAAAAUUGUGCAGUCAGAAAUAAGCUGUUUUCUUUAGGGCACAACUGUACCUUCAUUGGCUUUAUACCUGAGCACCAAAGCUGAAGUUUUAAAUGCCAUCCUGAAAAGGCUAUUCUGAAAACGAUCAGAAAAGAAAAUUACCCUACUAUCAUUGACAAAAUUAGGCACCAAGAAGGAGCUUAUCUCCUUAAAAUGCAACAUCAACAACAGAGAUGAUUUAAUUAAGCAGCUGAGAUAUUUCCUUGUGAACACAACAAAGGGAAUCCACAUAAGAUGAUCCUCCGUAAAGUCCUUUGUCUUCCACCAGGAACUGUUGAAAAACCAUUUCUGGCUGUUCUCUCUGCUUUACUAUUGUGAGCUUCAUUGAAUAUGGCUUCUUAUGUUGGAUAAUAUUCAUUAUCAUUCUGAGUUGUUGAGAGUGUGUAUUUCCCACCUCAGGCAGCAGUGUCAUAUCUGUGUUGAUAUGUGCAAAAGAUGAAACAUUAGGGCUAGGGAUUUAGCUCGGUGCUGCCGCCUGCCGUGCAAGUGUAAGGACCUGAGUCUGAUCCCCGGUACCAAAAAAAACCAAGAAAGAUGGAACAUUAAAUAUCCCUUGGAUCAAUUCUGGUGGGCUACUUACUUCCAACCACAGGAACAUGUUUAGAUCAUUAGCCAGAAGGAAUAUUCCUUCCUCUGAAAGUCGACACUCGGAGCAACGAACAGCAGCAGGUAACAUUGUACUCUUCACAUCUAAUGUGUGUAUAUGCAGGAGCUGUGGGUAGAAGAAAAGCUGCGAGUCAGCACACACAUGGUCAUGACCAGCUGUCUGUGGUACGCCUGCUCGUCUGUGGAGAUCUCAGGUCUACUAAGCACACAGUUUUUUAACAAACAAUUCAUGUACACUGGAAAUAUUUUCAUGGAAUCUGGGAGAAUAAGCUGGCUCACGGCAGAUGGAUUUGCGCAGUUUUUUUGGCAACAUGCCAACAUAUGGGCAGUCCGAUUAACUAAAAUUUCCCAGAUGACCUUCAAAGGCUGGUGUAAAACUGAUUUAAAGGCUGACUUGGCAAAGAAGUUGAUAAGGGGAUCUGUCUCACAGCUCUUGUAAAGAUCAGCUAACUCGGAGCUGCAGUUUAAGCCAAGAUUGUGAAUUCGAAGUCGUCUUUGGCCACCAGUGGUUGUGUAAAGCACAGCACACUGGAUUAGGGCUCCACUGUCUUCAUUCAGCUUGUCAUGCUUGAACUCCACGGUCACUGCCUUGUCACAAUCAAUGGCAGCCAUUUCCACAUCAGUGGUGGUGUUCAUAAAAGCUCCACCAAAGAAAUCAGUGGCUCUGAAGCCUGUGCUGGUAUGAACUCUCAUAAUAGCAUCAAAGUGUAUUUUCUUUUCAGUGUCAUUUCUGAGGUCAUUCAAAAAUUGUUGGCUAUCCAGAUGCAUCUGGAAAUUGUAGUAUUUGUAAAGAGUUCCUCCAGUGAGCUGAGGGACAAGACCCACAGAUGCCAUGUCCACGUACUGACUGGGGAAGAGGAAGGCAGUCACUGAGCAGUCGUGGGCCACACAGUCCUUGGCCAGAGAGUCAUAGACACUGGUUUGGGGCUGGAAAAGUAUCUUCUCUUUGUCUGUAUUAAGUAGCUUUUUGUCAUCUGUUUUUGAGCUUCACUGGUGCUUCAGCAGUUGGCAAGGAGGAAUGAAAGAUGUACAGCUUCCCUGGACAUUCUGCUGCCUUUAAUGCUUCUGUGCCAGCCUGGAUGACAGGAGCAAAGACAGUUUCAUUUUCAUUAGAGUCUGCAAAUAUCUCUGGAAUCUGGUCCGAUAAAUUGUGAAUCACAGACUGGGAUUCUUGAAAGUUGACAAAGAACCCAUCCAGCAAUGGGACAAAGACUUCCCCCAACAUCAGUCACCACCAUCAUCUCAGGCCGGGCCAGAUUACUCUUCACAUUGAAGAAAUGGACAACUUUGUUGUAUGUGAUAAAACCAACUCAGAUUGCAGAUGUCUCUUCUUGCUCUUCCUUUGGAAGUUUUUCCAGUAAAGUCUUCAGUUCUUCACAUAUGAGCUUGACAAGUCCAUUCUUCAUGUUACUAUAUGAAACAUCAAUCAUGAAGAUAAAGGCUGGUGGGUUGGGAGGCUUAUUUUUUCUGCAGUAAUCCAAAGUAGCAACAAAUUCAUAUGAUCCUAGAGAUAACUCAGGCUUCUCAUAGUGGUCCAGUCUUCUUCCAGUGUGGUCCAGAUGUUGGAAGUAGAAUGGUGGAACAUCAUUCACACAGUUGCAAAACCCACACUGAUACCGCCUUCCUCCCUUGAUGAACUGCAUGAACAGGCACAUGUAGGCCUUGCACCUGUUACACCUGACUGGUCCAUUCUCUCCAUGAUUUACCAAGUAAAGUGGAGUCUCAUUUGAAGGGAUUGUGGCAGAGGGUUUGAUGACAGCAGCUAGUGGAAUCUGAGCCUGCUUAGCCAUAUCUGAUGUGCACGGGAAACAAUACAUAGUGCAGCGGAUGUAUCAAGGGCUAGCAUUGCCUUGGUCUUGUACUACACAGUCGGUAGUGACCAGGGGAGGCACCUGGCCUCUAGUGUUGGUGGAAUAAACUUGUCCCCCUCUUGUAGUGCUGUCAUUCUCGAUCACCUGGAUAGGGCUGGGGAUGGAGUCAGGAUCCAGCUUCUUCAGGGGCCCGGCCAUCUGUGCUGGACCCCCAGGGAAGCUGCCCGGGUAGGAGAGCUGCGCACUUGCCAUCUGCGGACCACAGUUGGCCUGCUGCUGUGGAGGAUAUCCAACACCCAGCACAGGGCCUGGCGGAGGUGGGGGCUGGUACUGCCCAUUCGGAGGUGGUGGCCCAGGCAGCCCAUCCUGCCUGUGUGCUGGUGGGGACAGUGGUGAGACUCCAGGGCCACUCAGCAUGGUUGGGGGUGGUGGGAGAACCUGGGAUCCAGGCUGCAAAACGGAUGGCUGUGGAGGUUGCGGAGGACCCUGGAAGGAUGCUGCUGACGGAGGGCCAGGGGUUCCCUGGCUGGGGGGGAGCCAUGCCCGGACCAUAGCUGUUGAUAUGCAUAGCACUGAGCUGACUGCCUAGGUGGGUGACAGAUGAAGUGGACACAGGAUUUGGAUAAGAUGGUUGUGUUGAGGGCUGGUACUGUGCAUAAGAGGGUGCUGCGCUCUUGACAGGUGGAAGGCCUGGAAAUCUUUGGGGAGAAUGACCUGAGACCCGAGCUCCAUUCUGGCCUAACUGAUGGGGUCCAGGAGGUGGUGAGCCGGGAGACAUCACCACAGGGGCAGUAGCCCCCAAGUUCCCAACUGGCUUCAUCAUACCUGGCGGAGAAGCUGCAUGGGAAGGAUCCCCAUAGUGCCCAUGAGGUGGAGAGAGGCCUGUUCCAGACAGACUGAGAAUAGGGCGGUGGAGCCACAUAACCUUGUUGACUCAUUAUGAAAAUAUCAUUCCAAAGGACAAUUCUACAAAAGGACCUGGUCCCGCGUCCACACACCGCUCCCAGCGCCACUCCCGGUGGCCCAGGUCCCGCCGCGGCUGCCUCUGCUCAGCCGGUGCCACAGGCGGGGCACGCGCAUGGAGUGGCCACCGGCUGGGAACUGCCAUGUCAACCCACCCUGGCCGUGCCCGGCGUGCGCUCAGACCAGCCACCGUGCUCCCUUCCGCUCACGCCUUUGUAGGUCUUAUAGUCUCAUUUUCUUGUACUGUUUGGGACAACAUGUUUAAUAUAAGCAUUUAAGCUCCUUGUUUCAAUUGGUAAUUACUUUUACAUUGAAAUAAUUUGUAGUUGUGCCUCCAAACAGAGCUUAAUUACCCAUAAAAUUCUUAUAAAACAACUGAUUGGUCUAGUAGUGUGUCAUGUCUGAAAAGCAUAAAUACAUUUAGUAAGCUUUCUACCUUCCAUAUUUGAAGAUCACACUAUCCAGCACACUUUCCAUCCUGUAAGUUAUUUUACAAGAGUGACCUAGAGUAGCAAAACUAAAGUGGAUGUGAACUAAGCUUUCAAGAUUUAUUCUCUCCUAUACUGAACAUAUACGUGGUUUAUACCACUGUCAUUUUUUAGUAGAAAGUUUCUGUUACAAAAAUACAAAAUUUUCUUUUACUUUUUGUUCUCCCUGGCCAUACAUUGAUUGGUGUGCUAACUUAAAUCCAGUCACAGGAGGUGCUGGAGGAUUCUCUGAAACAGUCUUCAGCCUCCCACUUGGAUCCAGCAGUUCUAGGCAGAUCCUGGACUGAUGUCAUUACAGCAAACUAGGUGGAAACCACCAUCUUAGAAACACUUUGUGUUGAAGAAGGAAACAGAAUAACUACUUAGGCAUUAUGAGGGUUAUGGUUAGACAUGAUACUUGUAAAACAUUGUAGAUAGUCUUGACUAUAUGCCUUUAUGUUCUUAAUACGAGUGGAACUUUUUAAUUGGUGGUUUUCUGCCACAUUAAGUCCUUAGCUCCUGAGUUUGAAAAGUGUAAAGAGUAAUUUAAGCUCUGUGUUAUAUUUUUUAACUUACAGUCAUUUUUCCUAACCUAGAUAGAAUUUGUUGGAAAGUGAUGUUUUUCUAAAUUUAAAAAAAAAAUAGCCUAUAUUCUGUCAAAACAUUAAAAUUCAGAGGGAACAAUGGUAACACUUGAGUUAUAGUGAAAGGGACAGGCUGUGAAUCACUACUUCAAAAGGAUACCUAUUUUAAUCUAUACCUUAAUGGGAUCUGGUAUAGGGAUAUGCCCACAAUAAAUGUUUCAUACCUAGAAGACUUAAGAUGAUAAUUAGUAGAUUACAAGAAAGGAUUUAAGUUUAGUUGUAAUUUGUAACUAUGUAACAUUUUCCCUUAUUCUAAUUUCCAUUACUGAUUGAGGUAAAAGUACAAAUAAUUCUAUUAUCUUUUUGCUGGAAUCUUAGAUCUAAGUUAAAUGAUUUAAUUUGCUCUUUCUGUCACCAGCUGUGAGUGCCCCUUUUUAGUCAGAAAUUUCUCUUAUGAGGUAUGAAAUAAUUUGAUUCUGUGUUCUACUGAAUCAUAUUCCUAAACAGGCACCAAGGAAAUACAUGAUAUUGAGCCCACCUUUAAGCUUAGUAGUCAUUAAUUCAAAAGGGGUGGAGAAGAUGUGAAGAAAGAGGAUUCUAAGUAGUAGCUGAAAAGAGAAAGAAAACUUUUAUAAGGGAUAACACCUUAUCUAAGAUGCCACUAACUAAGGAAAGUGGUUCAUGGGCAGCUAGUGGCACCAUUUCUUGCAUCCACCUGUAGGCUGCACACAAUAGGCAAAUAAACCAUGGAUUAAAGAUGAAAAGACUGAUGAUACCUAUGAUGAAAAUUUGUGUUUCUCGGCUUUCUGGAUCUCUUGGUACAAAAGCAAGUUUGAACAUACUGAGUUAAAAUUAUAGUGCUCAAAUUAAUGUUUAGGACUGUGUUAUUUCCUAUUUCUCAGUUGGUAAACACUUAUCUUCCAUAAUAGAAUCACGGGCUGGCCAUGUAGCUCAAUGAUAAUGCACUUGUCUAGAAUGUAUGUGCCAGGACCUGGGGGUUCAAGCCCCAGAAUGGCAAGCAGGGAAGGGGGGUGGCUCAUAAUGGACAUCACUACUUAGUAGCUGCACUGAUUACAGUACUGAAAUCUGCUGAUUGACCAGUACAGCCAUUGCUAGAGUUUCUUCACAUCCAGUUCCAAAGUUUUAAGAGUAAAGGGUCUGCUUCUUGGUAGGCUCCUUAAGAUGACCAUAGCAUUAACAUUUGGCUAUGUGAGUGCUCAGAGAAUUCAGAAAAGUGAUUUAAUGGAGAAGUGGCUUUUUAGAUUUCUUCAGUUGACAUAACAUUAGCAUCAGAGUAUACUGGGUAGAAGAGGCCAGUUUCUUGAUGAGUUUAAGACUGAAUAUAAGAUGGCCAUAGCUUUAGCCUUCUUUUUCCCAUGUUAUAAGUAGAAAACUUUACUUUGCUGAGGUAGAAAUGGGCUGACAACAGAGAUGACUGCGUUCUGUUUUUGUUUUCAUGCCUGUUUUUCCCCAUUUUCUAUGGAUAUUUGAGAAAUGGAUCACAAAUUCCAGAGGGAUGGAGUAAGAAAAAGCAAGUAAUGUAAGUUAGGCUUGUUUUGCUAUUGAAGAGUUUGUCUUGGCACAGGGAAUAGAAUCUGUGUAGCUUGAAUUGCUAGGAGAAAGAGUCAGGGAUCACAAACAGCUGAGGUGUGGAGGCAAGGUGUGGAGGGAAGUGGGGUUUUACCUGCCCAGUGUUCUGAGCUCCCGUUCCUGAGAUGCUGUGUGAAUUUAGGAUCAUCAGCAAAGGGGCCCAAUAAUUUAUUUCCUUUAAAGUUCUAAAUGGCAAGUGAAAAUAAAGUAAUAUGUGGAACAGUAAGUCAACACUAAAAUUUGAACAGAACACUUUUUUGCAACUGUAUAUAACAGCUUUACAUACUGUGUUUUGCAAACUAAAAAUGCUGUGACACACAUACAGCAUUUCACAAUUCAAGCACCAGAUGAAAAGCAAGUUUGCUUUCAAGUUAGUAAAGAAUGAUAUUAAAAUGCUUGCUUCAGAUAACUGUCGGGUUUUAUCUUGACAUCUUACACUCUGCAAAAGGUUAUGUUUGCAUUUGAAGUUUUCAGGCAUUUUUCACAUUGUUUGACAAGGGAACUUGGAUAAUACUAUCAGCUACUUUACUGUUCCUUUUUAACCGUUGCUUAAUAGUUUACUACACAAACCUACCUAGCAAAUGUUGGUGGUAUUCAGGGCCAUGCACUUCCACAGCCCUGAGGACACAGUUCACAUAAAACAGUUUAAAGUAUCAUGCACUUUGAUAUAUGUUUCAGAAAUGUUCAUUACCACAAGUUCACAUGCUAUCAUUUGAAAAAAUUUACUGUGAGCUUUUUACGAUAUUAGAAUGAUGUCAACUAGUACUGUCAUUUCAGUGUGAGAAAUUAAAUUUUGAUGUCUGUAUGCAACAUGUUGAUGAGGUCUCUGUAAAAAAUACUAAUGUUGGUCGUGAUUUACAAUGUAGGAGAUGUAAUAUUUUCUUUUCCUUUGUCCUUUUAGGAAUACAGUAACAUGUCUUUUUAUUGCACAUAGUUUUGCAACGUUAAUGAAUUUAAAUAAAUUAAUUGGAAAGUU